GUCAAUGAGGCGCCGCUCGGAGCUGCGGUAGCACUCGCGGCCCGGGAGCCCCAGCCGGAGCCGGGGCUGGAACCCGAAGCCCAACGAGGCACGAGGAGCGAGGAGCUAGGAGAGCGGGGCGCCGAGGCUGCAGCGGCGGCGGGAGGGAGGGACCCGAGCGCGCCCCGCGGCCGCCACCCCCGUUCCCGGCAGCCUCACCCCCUCGUUCUGCAGGAGCCGGCCCGGGGGAGGGGUCCCCGGGCGGCGCCUGUCCCACCCUCGCCGCCCCAAUCGCGCCGGCGCGCGGCGACAGGCACCGUGGGAACCCUGGCCCGUGCCCGCCGCGGUUCCAUGCGGGCCCGGCCCCUGCGCGGGUGAAGCCGCGGCUCCACGGAGCCCGCCCCGGGCGCGGCAGGACGAGCGAGCCAGUCGCGCCGCUCGGCGCCCCCUCCCUCCGGCGCCCGGGCCGUGGCCGGCGAUGCCCGGUGAGGACCGGGGCGCGGAGGGCUGGGCUUCCCGGCGCGGUGCAGAGCGAGGCAGCGGCCUGGAUGUGUGAAGCGUCCCCAUGGCUCCGCAGGAGGCCAAGCCUCAGGGCUCAAGGGAAGCCAGGCCCGCGACGCGGGGGCGCGGGGGCCGGCCCGUGGCGCGUGGGCUUGGUCGGGCAGGCUGGGGAGCCGCGCGCUGCACGGGCGUGAGGGGCCCCGGGGCCGGCGCGUCCCACGAUGCGCCCCCGCGGCCACCGACGCUGCUGCUGGGACUCCUGCUGCUGGCGGCCCUCCUGGAGCACUGCCAGGCCGACCCGGGAACAGACAAUCUACAGAUGAAUGUCACCCGGACUCCAGAGUCAUUUCCUCCUGGGAAAUUGUUACCAGUUUCACCAACAUGGCCUUUCACAGAAGUCAAGUCUUCCUCAGCAGCAGACAGAAGCAAGACCGUGCUAGGACAGUCCUCUGACAACACAAGCUUGCCACAGUCAGCCCGAACCCCUGCGUCCAAGACACACCACAGAACUAGGGCUCACGUGGACUUCUCUUCUUCCCUUUACCAAGGAAGCGGACAUAGCUCCUCCCUCGAACCUUCCAAGGAUUCUACCGAGUCCCUGGUCCAACCGGGGCCUAAAGGGGGACAAGAAGCAGCCGAUGUGUCAGGUUUGCCUCUCACCAGCAUGCUCCCCUCGUUGUCCACAGUCCCGUCAGGGACGUCCUUCAGUGCUGUCCCCCCAUCCCAGCCAGUAUGGGCAUUGGCUCCCUCCAUUUCAAAGCAUCCCCCAAGGUCAGACAUUCCCCCACUCCUCCCUCCACUUCCAUCCUCUUCAUUGGCUCCUGACUCACCUCAUUCCAUCAUCUCUGAACCAGCAGAGCAGCCUCCCAAAGUGCCGUUAGUUCCCCAAACGCCUCCAGCCGACCCCCCUUCAGGUCAGAACAUAGCUAAUCCCCUAAUCCCAUUUUCUGAUGAAAUGGACCACACUGUAUCCCAAAAUGCUCAGGAUCUCAUAGGCAUCCCUCAUCUAGGUGUUUCUGGAUCCUCAACAAAGUGGCAUUCCGAGCUGUCCCCAACAGAGGGUCCCCAUUCAGCAGGCUCAUCCACACCUGGGUUUUUGAGCCCCAUGGCAGAACUGUCCCAUCCGUCUCCCCCUCCCCCAGCACUUGGAAGUCUUCCUCAGCUUCCAGAUGGAAGCCCCACAUGGUCAGUGUUGGAAGUGGCUUCAGAUCCUGCAUCCACCCAGCAGACCAAAGCUGGGAUGGCUGGAAGAGUGCACAGUGGGGUGCCUUUGCCAACUUUUAAGAAUACAGACACAGCGACCCAUGAGGCUGAGCCUCCACUUUUCCAGACUGCAGAAUCAGGGGCCGUAGAAAUGAACAGCAGAAAGCUAGCCCCUGACACUGCAAACGACUCUGCUAACCCGCUGCAUUUGUCAGCAGCUCCAGAGAAUUCCAGAGGGCCCGCCCUUUCGGCAGAACACACCUCUUCUUCUUUGGUGCCUUCUCCUCUGCAUGUCACUGCACUGGGUCGAGAGCAAGCCAUCCGUUCUGAGGCGGUUCCCACAUCACCAUCAACUGGGACAAUCGACUUUCCCUCCGUACUUACUUUCCUCCAGACCACAGAGAAUCAUGCCUCCCCAUCUCCCGUGCUAGAAAUGCCCACUCUUCCAGCAGAGGGCAGUCAUGGGUCCCCUCCUGCACCUAGAGACUUGCUCCUCUCAGGCAGAGUUCCUAGUCUUCUUUCCACAUCUUGGACAUUUCCCCGGUGGAAAAAGGACAGUGUGACAGCCAUUUUAAGGAAAAAUGAGGAGGCAAAUGUGACGAUUCCUCUCCAGGCCUUUCCAAGGAAAGAGGUUUUGAGUCUUCACACUGUAAAUGGAUUUGUCUCUGAUUUCAGCACCCAUCACGUCUCAUCUCCCAUUGUUACAGCACCAAGGACAAAUCCCCUUCCUUCCGGAUCACCUCUACCUUCCAUACUCUCCAUACAAGCCACCCAGACUGUUUUCCCAUCUCUUGGCUUUUCCAACACCAAGCCAGAGGCUUCUGCAGCUGCUGUGGACCAUUCUGGGUUGCCAGCUUCAGCUUCCAAACAGGUGAGAGCAUCGCCCUCCUCCAUGGAUGUAUAUGAUUCCUCAACAAUAGGAGACAUGAAAAAACCAGCAACCACAGAUGUUUUCUGGAGUUCUCUUUCAGCAGAAACUGGAUCCCUUUCCACAGAAUCAAUAAUAUCUGGCUUGCAGCAGCAAACAAAUUAUGAUUUAAAUGGACACACAAUUAGCACCACAAGUUGGGAAACUCAUUUAGCUCCAACGGCUCCAACGGCUCCUCCCAGUGGUUUAACUUCAGCUGCCAAUGCCAUAAAAUCUCAGGAUUUCAAAGACACUGCUGCUGGGCAUUCAGUGACUGCAGAAGGGUUUAGCAUUCAGGAUCUAGUCCUCAGUACAAGCACUGAGCAGCCUGUGCAACAGUCAGACAUGACCGUGGUUGGAAGCCAUGUAGACCUCUGGCCCACGAGCAAUAACAACCAUUCCAUAGACUUCCAAACAGCUGAAGUUGCGUAUUACUCACCCACAACUCAACAUUCUGUGUCUCAACUACAGUUGCCCGACCAGCCAGCACAUCCUCUUUUGCUAACCUCGUCAAGACCAACUUCUACAGGUAGCUUGCAGGAAAUGCUUUCAGAUGGAACAGAUACAGGUUCUGAAAUUUCCAGGGACCUCAAUUCAUCACCUGAGAGAAAUGCUUCCACACCAUUCCAGAACAUCUUGAGCUAUCACUCUGCUGCUGAAUCUUCUAUUUCGACCAGUGUCUUUCCCAGGACUUCCUCCAGAGUGCUGCGGGCCUCUCAGCACCCCAAGAAAUGGACAGUGGACACAGUGUCAUCUAAGGUAGAGCCAACAGCAGCAGCUGCCGUCACAUUGUUUCUGAGGAAAUCAAGUCCACCUGCAUUGUCUGCAGCCCUGGUGGCUAAGGGCACCAGCAGCAGCCCUUUGGCCGUGGCCUCAGGACCAGCUAAGAGCAGUUCAGUGACUACUCUGGCUAAAAAUGGCACAAACAAGGCUGCAUCUGGCCCAAAGAGGACACCAGGGGCAGUCCAUACAGCCUUCCCGUUCACGCCAACCUACAUGUAUGCAAGAACAGGACAUACCACAAGCACACAUACAGCCAUGCAAGGAAACAUGGGCACUGCCUCUGGCCUGUUGUCUACAACUUACCUCCCCAGGAAACCACAAGCCAUGCACACUGGCCUCCCAAACCCCACCAACCCGGAGAUGCCCAGAGCAUCCACGCCACGCCCACUGACAGUCACGGCGGCACUGACAUCCAUUACAGCCUCGGUGAAGGCCACCCGGUUGCCACCGUUGCGAGCAGAAAACACGGAUGCUGCCCUUCCUGCCGCAUCGGCUGCAGUGGUCACUUCUGGCAAAAUGGCAUCCAACCUGGAGUGUCAGAUGUCCAGCAAGCUCCUGGUGAAGACAGUUCUCUUUCUCACCCAAAGGAGAACGCAGAUCAGUGAAUCCUUGAAGUUCAGUAUCGCCAAAGGGCUCACACAGGCAUUGCGGAAGGCUUUCCACCAGAACGAUGUCUCAGCUCACGUGGACAUUCUGGAAUAUUCUCAUAAUGUCACAGUUGGUUAUUAUGCUACCAAAGGGAGGUUGGUGUAUUUGCCUGCUGUGGUGAUGGAAAUGCUGGGUGUGUAUGGAGUCAGCAACGUCACUGCAGACCUGAAGCAACACACCCCAAACUUACAGUCUGUGGCAGUACUUGCCUCCCCAUGGAAUCCCCAGCCUGCAGGCUACUUCCAGCUAAAAACAGUGCUGCAGUUUGUGAGCCAAGCGGACAACAUACAGUCCUGCAAGUUUGCUCAGACAAUGGAACAGAGGCUGCAGAAAGCAUUCCAGGAUGCCGAGAGGAAAGUCCUGAAUACCAAAAGCAACUUGACAAUUCAGAUUGUGAGCACGUCCAAUGCCUCCCAGGCAGUCACCUUGGUGUACGUCGUGGGCAAUCAGAGCACAUUCCUCAACGGCACCGUUGCCAGCAGCCUCCUCAGCCAGCUCUCGGCUGAGCUGGUGGGAUUCUACCUCACCUAUCCGCCGCUCACCAUUGCUGAACCACUGGAAUAUCCCAACCUUGACAUAUCAGAAACAACCAGAGACUAUUGGGUAAUCACAGUGCUACAGGGUGUGGACAAUUCGCUGGUGGGCCUGCACAACCAGAGCUUUGCCCGGGUCAUGGAGCAGCGCCUGGCCCAGCUAUUCAUGAUGUCCCAGCAACAAGGCCGGCGGUUUAAACGGGCCACCACCCUGGGAAGCUACACCGUGCAGAUGGUGAAGAUGCAGCGUGUCCCAGGCCCGAAGGACCCAGCGGAGCUGACUUACUACACCCUGUACAACGGGAAGCCUUUGCUGGGGACCGCAGCUGCCAAGAUCCUGAGCACCAUUGAUUCCCAAAGGAUGGCCUUGACCCUGCAUCACGUUGUCCUUCUGCAAGCUGACCCCGUGGUGAAGAACCCUCCCAAUAACCUGUGGAUCAUCGCCGCAGUGCUGGCGCCCAUCGCCGUGGUCACCGUCAUCAUCAUCAUCAUCACUGCCGUGCUCUGCAGGAAGAACAAGAACGACUUCAAGCCCGACACCAUGAUAAACCUGCCGCAGAGAGCAAAGCCUGUGCAAGGCUUUGAUUAUGCCAAGCAACACCUGGGCCAGCAAGGGGCAGAUGAGGAGGUCAUCCCUGUGACUCAGGAGACGGUGGUCCUCCCACUGCCCAUUAGAGAUGCUCCUCAGGAAAGAGACGUCGCUCAGGAUGGAAGCACCAUCAAGACUGCCAAAUCCACUGAAACCAGGAAGAGCAGGUCGCCCAGUGAGAAUGGCUCUGUCAUCAGCAACGAAUCAGGAAAGCCCAGCUCAGGGAGACGCUCACCCCAGAAUGUAAUGGCACAGCAGAAAGUGACAAAGGAGGAGGCAAGGAAGAGAAAUGUGCCGGCGAGUGAUGAAGAGGGGGGAGCAGUUCUAUUUGACAACUCCAGCAAGGUGGCCGCUGAACCCUUUGACACAUCUUCUGGGUCUGUGCAGCUCAUUGCCAUAAAACCCACAGCCCUCCCCGUGGUGCCCCCCACCUCGGACAGGAGCCAGGAGUCAUCGGCAGUCCUCAACGGCGAGGUGAACAAAGCCCUGAAGCAGAAGUCAGACAUCGAGCACUAUCGGAACAAGCUGCGCCUCAAAGCCAAGAGGAAGGGAUAUUACGACUUCCCUGCAGUGGAGACGAGCAAGGGUCUGACCGAAAGAAAAAAGAUGUAUGAAAAAGCCCCAAAGGAAAUGGAGCAUGUUUUGGAUCCAGAUUCAGAACUCUGUGCUCCAUUCACCGAGUCUAAAAACAGGCAACAGAUGAAGAACUCUGUCUACCGAAGCCGGCAGUCUCUGAACAGCCCGAGUCCAGGGGAAACCGAGAUGGACCUUCUGGUGACUCGGGAGCGACCCCGGCGUGGAAUCCGCAACAGCGGAUAUGAUACUGAGCCUGAAAUCAUAGAGGAAACCAACAUUGACAGAGUUCAUGAGCCCCGGGGCUAUUCCAGGUCUCGGCAGGUGAAAGGCCACUCGGAGACCUCCACGCUGAGCUCCCAGCCAUCCAUCGACGAGGUCAGGCAGCAGAUGCAUAUGCUGUUGGAGGAGGCGUUCAGCCUGGCGUCCGCGGGCCACGCAGGCCAGAGCCGGCACCAAGAAGCCUACGGCUCAGCCCAGCACCUGCCCUACUCGGAGGUGGUGACCAGCGCUCCGGGGACCAUGACGCGGCCCAGGGCUGGGGUGCAGUGGGUGCCGACCUACCGCCCAGAAAUGUAUCAGUACAGCCUGCCCCGGCCGGCUUACAGGUUUUCCCAGCUUCCUGAGAUGGUCAUGGGCUCACCGCCUCCACCCGUACCUCCCCGGACUGGUCCUGUGGCUGUCGCUUCUCUCAGGCGAUCCACCUCAGACAUCGGCAGCAAGACCAGAAUGGCCGAGUCUGCAGGGCCCGAGCCGGCCCAGCUGCACGACAGCGCCUCCUUCACGCAGAUGUCCAGAGGCCCCGUGUCCGUGGCACAGUUGGAUCAGUCGGCUUUAAAUUACUCAGGUAAUACGGUGCCAGCGGUGUUCGCCAUCCCAGCUGCCAACAGACCUGGCUUCACCGGCUACUUCAUCCCGACGCCUCCCUCAUCCUAUAGGAACCAGGCCUGGAUGUCCUAUGCAGGAGAGAAUGAGCUCCCGAGCCAGUGGGCAGAUUCGGUGCCCCUCCCAGGGUACAUCGAGGCCUACCCCCGAUCACGGUACCCACAGAGCUCUCCCUCCAGGCUUCCUCGCCAGUACAGCCAGCCAGUCAACCUGCACCCCAGCCUGGAGCAGGCCCCGGCACCCUCCGCAGCAGCCUCGCAGCAGAGCCUGGCAGAAAAUGACCCAUCAGACGCUCCCCUGACCAACAUCUCCACUGCGGCCCUCGUGAAGGCCAUCCGGGAGGAGGUGGCCAAGCUGGCCAAAAAACAGACAGAUAUGUUUGAGUUCCAGGUCUAAUGCCUUAGCCCAUGGGACUCUGGACUUCUGAACUCUGAGGACACAGCCUUUGGGUUUCCCAUGCCUACAUGUUAGGACUUGAGACAUAGCAAUGGGUGAGUCUUUCUCACCCUCCGUUUCUGAAAAGGUGAACUAUGGGGCUUCUGGGAACAGGAAACUCUUGAACGACUAGAUUCUUGGCUCAUCCAACGGACUGUGGGUCAAGAAGUCCCUGCUUGGGGCCUUAUGUUUGGUAAUCUCUCACGUCAAAUGUUUGAACUGUGGCCGUAUUCCCUAUGGAAGCUUAGUCAUGAGAGGCACUAGCUAAUCUACAGAUUCCUAUCCAAUGCCACAUUUUAAUCAAUCACCGGAAGCGGGAGAACUUAGCUCUUAUCUUCGGUGACCUCUGCAUGUUAACUCUGUUUCUGCGUUAAAGGCAAUGCAGGAGUGUGGAUUAAGCACCAGACUGUAUUGUCAGUCAGCCAUGACCGUGAGCAUUAAAAUCAGUUUGUAAGGGAGACACUGACUCCAGCCAAGAAACCUGAGCCCCUUUUUUUUAGGUUCAUAUUCAAAGUCAAAUGAACUGGAUGAAAGUCAGUACUAAUGACUGUGCCUAUAAAUAGGCCUGACUCUUUGUUUCCCUCAUCCAUUAAACAAAGGCCAAGAAAGAGAGAAGAUGAGAGGGAAUGGUGGAUUUGUGUUGACAGAUUUUUUAAAAGGUGUUGCCAUUUUGGAAAUAAAAGUCCCCUACAAGUUAGGAUCUAACGGAAGGAGAAUCGGUGCUAAGAGCUUUUAGGAUCCUACAAAAGAAAUACGGUUAUUUGUGGAGGUUUUUCUUUGCCCUGCUUUGAAGGUGGCCUGAGAUGGAGCUUCUUUUUUUCUUGGGAUAAUAAAUACAUCAACUUUUACAAGAAAAUCUCUGUCUCUUCAACAAUGAUGUCCAGUGUGUGCUGCUGAGUGGUACAAAAGGAAAUAGUACUUGAUUCCUGUUAGGAACAGGAGUGGUAGAACCACAGUCUUCCCAGGCCACAGCCUCUGUUUAUAGAAGCUUCUGAAUGUAGAAAAGCUGUUGAAUUUCAUUUAAAUGUAAAUAACCUUUUAAAAAGCAUAUGGAGUUAGCCAGUUCCCCCUAGUUAAUGGACAUAGGAAGACGUUUGCUGAAAUGGCAGGGUGGCCACCUUGUGACCAUGACGUUGCAAGUCACCCUCCCUGGCAUGGCGAGUUGGCUUCCCGAGCUCUGGGUAGAGGACAUCGCCUCACAGCACUGAGGCACCAGCCGCCGCCUACCCAUCAAUGCAAGCAAAACAGUUACUGACUUUGUAUACCUGGGAGAUUGGAGACUCUGGUUCCCUCGCCAAGUGUGACAACCUGUGCAGUGUUGGGGGCUUACUUGGUGUGUGUUGGAGAAUGAGGUCCUGUCCUGCUUUCACCCAUGACCCAUCUAGCUUCAGCUGUAUCCAUUUUCUUCUGAGCCCAUCUUUCCAUUGUCCUCACGAGUUUCUUUGGUCUUUACUGAAAGAAGAUGGUAGAAAUUUAAAAGUUGAGAGAAGACUAGAAAUGGAACUGAUUAGAAGGGGAGGUUCAAACUGUCAAUGCAGAGACUUUUCAAAGAAGUUGUUUUUAUUUUCCAAUGGCAAAAAAUUGCCCUUUCUGGAAUGUUCAGAGACGAUGUGUCAUGGAACCUUCAAACAAGUCUCUUGUUCGGAUGAUAAUAGGUAGUGUCCUUUUAGUAUGCUGGUUGAUCUUUCAUAGUGUUAGUGUUUUGUUACUUAAAAAGGAAAUCAGCUAUAAAUAAAAUGUAUUUUUGUAAUUCCCGUGUGUAUAUAUGGUAUAUUUCUAUCAAUGGCCAGUUGUUGUAGUCCAAAACCUAAAUCAGUUUGCAAAACACUGUGGACAGUGUGAGAUUUUAUUGACAGGUUAACAUAAUGCCUACGUCUAUCUACAUAGGCAUUCAAUGCACUUGAAUGAACAAAGAGCCAAAGAAACUCAGCCUUUUCAUGCAAAUGGUAUGAGUCUGAUAAAAUCAGCUACAUUGUCCUGCUUUAUCAAUAAUAUUUCAUUAGUGCAAUGAUAUCAACCAGUACUUUGUCUAUUUGGUAAAUGCCUGGAAAUACUGUAUGUGAAAAUGACGUUUCAAGACCUUACUGUAAUUGAAAUAUAUGUAAAUGUUUCAGAAGACAGUGUCUGAAAUUUGGAUGUUUCAAUGACUUACAGAGACUGAGUCUACAGUUUGCAGAGCUAUGGCUCCAGAGUGCUAAGAGGAUGGAGUCACAAAUCACUGUGGUCUUUUACAGAGCCCCAGGAAAUAUUGAGUGAGUCAACUGAGAUGACUAAAAAGAUAGCAUGCUAAAUCAGCUACACUCUUAAACUAGACACCAGGGGUUUAACAAGUAGUAUUAAUAGAUGAGAGGAAAACCUUAAGUUGGAAAGAAAUCAGUCUGUUCACGUUUUCCCACUCAUGGGGAGACAGAGCCACCUGGUCAGAUUUUCUGUGACUGAGAGAGAUGUGGUCCUUUCCCUGAAGAAUCUCCUAACCCCACAGAGGUGACAGAUACCUGGACAGCUGACUCUAAGAGAUGGGCAAAAGUGCCUCAAAGAAUUGAAAUAGGGUUCCCAGAGAGCCCCGAGGAGGCAGCAAUGAACAAACACCGUGUUCAUCAGAACCCUCUAGACAGUCGCAGAAGCCACAGAGGACCUUGGUUGACCUCGGAGGAGGAAGCAGAAGUACCAAGAAGGGAAGUGACCAGCCCAAUGAUUCAGUCCCAACCUGCUGGUUCACCAGCCCGCUUGCUUUCCAUCUCACCAUGUGGCCUGCAGGCUUGUCAGUAACACAUUUCUUCAACUGUGCCUAGAGGUUUAAAAAAAAGAUAAGGGUCAUAUGAAGAACUCCAUAAUGUUCUUGCCAAGAAAAAAGAUGAUUGAGUAUAUAACGAACUUCAGAUACAGUGUAUAGAGGAUGAUGCAUUUGUGGCAUAAUAAACAGUUUUCAGUGCUAGUUUUGAUAUGAGUUUUCUGCAUUCAUGAAAAAGAAAUGCAUUUUGGCUUUUUCCAGAGAGUUCCAUUAAGGAAAUGGAGACCUCACCUGCUGUUCUAGACUGUGGGGGUGCAUUCCUGUCUGAGCACCAAGGAUCCCAACAGGCAGGCAGGGAGGCCCUUAACUUUGUGUCACUGUGAGGCAGCGGAGUCCAUGCUCUGCAUCAGGGGAGGGGACCCAGUGGUGCAGUAAAAGUCCAUUGUGUGGCGUGAGACCUAUGAUCUGAGGCUUGUGCAUAAUGAGACAGCAGCUGUUACCUGCAGAACAAGGAGUUUCCUCUUUCAGGGUAGAUUAUGUAAGAAUCAAUUCCCUGGUCCCGGGAGAAGUUUUAUUGUGAGUUUGUUAAUUUAAGAACUCAGCAGAAGGGCAUGUAAUGUCUGAGUAAUCUUGAUGGAAGAAAGGAAAUAGUUAGAUCUGUGAUUAAAAUGCACACAUACACACAUACACACACACACACACCCCCCUUUGGAGAGAGAAUGUAGAAUGGAGGAGGUGAGGAAUUUAACUAAUAGAAAUGCUUUUUCUAACAGGCAGAAAUUAGAGAAAUGGAUCAAAAGAUUUAAACAUUGAUUACAUAUAAACGAGUUUUUUUUUUUUCCUACAUAGCACACAGGUGCUCAACGUUUAAUGAAUAACAUAACAGAUACUGUCUUAAAAGUCUGAAAACAGGAUUUGUACUGAAUCCUAAAUUCCUCCUAUCACACACGAGAAAAUAAUUUGUAUUUUAUUUACAAACUACAUCCAAGUACUCUUAAGGAAAGAGUGUCAUUUAGCUUGGAGUAGGGACUGACUGGGGGUCUAAGUGUUGGAAAUUAAAUUCUGCCAUUCAGUCCAACCUCAAAUGUGUUCCAGGCAAGGAGCUUUGCAAGGACUAGAAAUCCAUUCACACUUGGUCAAGUGCAGGUGUUGGCUGAAAGAAUAGAGGGACAUUUCACAAACAGAACAGGGCUCCCCUACAGGAAAGGGAUGGAGACAGCUACCCUUGCCUUUACUCUCACGUUCUCUGUCCUCAUGGACUUUCUUCUCUGUUUCCCUCUGCCUAUCUGCCUGGUUCUCUUGCUUCUUCUGGCCAACCAGCUUUCUCAUUAGUGCAUAUGUAGCUGAAAAAUCCACUCCAGAACCCACUCCGCAAAACCUUUCCUUUUCAGUACCCACCACUCUGACUAGCAUCUCUGUGACCCCCUAAGGCAAAUUUUUGAGGAUCUGAUUGGUUUAGUUCAUCUGCCUAUGGGUGAGCCACCCCGGGGUCAGGUGCCUGUCCAAUCAGCUGUUACCAAGGAGGCAGGGUCAUGUCAUUUAAGCAUGGCCCCGUGGACUGACCCUUUCAGCAGGGACUUUUACUGGGGGUUGGUACCCAGAAGAAGGAGCGUGAGUGGGCAAGACCUCCGAAAAGAACCUCCUACACACUGGAACUGACUAGUACUCCUGGGAUGCCAUGCCACGCAGCAGCCAGCACUCGGAGAACAGUCCCCUGGAUGCUACCACAGAGAGAAAAGGGGCAUCUUCACUUGCACAUCAGGUGAGGGUGCACAUACUUGAAACUCUGCUAGACUGGCCAGAGCUGCCCCAGCCACUUCUCACCCCACCACCAGUUAUUGAUACAGCCGCUGGGUCUAAGAAGCAAUUUCUGACCAAGGCCCAGUUAGCACAAUGUCUUGCUCAGCAGACAAUAAAUACUUGUAAAUUGAAUUGCAUGAUCUUAGCUCAGGUGCUAUUAAGGUGGCUCAUGGCCACACACUUGCAUGGAUGAGAAAACCAAUGAGCCCCUCAACAGAGUCUUUUGAAACAAAAUUGGUUUCAAGUGAAACUUAAGUUAUUUUGACCUUCUGAAUAUAAGUUAGUGUCCUGAGAAUUGAAAGACCUCUUGAUUUCUUAGGUGAACGGUUACAGAAUCCUAGCCUGUGGUAAAUGCUAAAAUGUAAGGUGUUUCUGAAAAGGAAUAUGUAGGAAAUAUAAUUGUGCCACAAACACAUGACUUUAGAAGAUAUGCAGUUGCUCUGACUCUGCAGGUUUUAAAAAAAUGGGAAGUUUGUGAUAUGGCAGAAUCUGUCUCCACUGGUCAAACCAUACUUCAGUGAGAGCCAUUAUAAAUGAAAUCUAAAAAUUGAUCAUUUUCAUUCUCUGACCUUGGUCAGACUUUUGCAAAUUAUGGAGAGAGGCCAUCAACAUAUUUUACAUAAAUUAACUGUGGCCUCAUCUUAUUUCUCCUCAUUUCUUCCUUAUGCUUAAACACACACCUAUCUCACACACAAACUGAGUAGAGAAAAGAUUUGUACCAAACAGGAUCAGAGGCAUAUCAAUGGACUGGAAAUUGUGAAAAAGGUAUAAAUAUCCUAGACCUUGAUCAACUCACUUUAAACUGGUCUCUGAUUCCUCAUCUGUCAAAUGGGUAUAAGACCCUCUGUACUUCCCAUGGUGAUUUUGAGCAGCAUGUGCAUAAUGUAUCUGAAAACAGUUUGACAAGCACUUGAAGGCAUUUUUACUAAAUUAUUAGUUUUGUAAUUCAGUUUUAUCCAGGAAAAUACUUUAUCUCCUCCGAUCUGCUGAAUUAAUUUAUAUAGUCACAUGUUCCAUGACACAACGUUUUACCAAGGAAAAAUGAAGAAAUUCCUAAAUUUGAAAUAGCCCACAAGAUCUAGCGUCAUCUGGAGUUGCUGUUAUUGUCGUUGUUGUCUAUGAUUUGGAGGAUAUGUAAGUACUCGUACAUGUGCUUUAACUCUGGGUGAAAAAUCCCGACCAGUGAGUCUUUAAAACCAUAUUAGACACAUUGGGCAAAGUACUGAGCAGAAGCUUUGAAUGUAGCUGUUGUUAUUUUAAUGCUUUGCUUUCUAAUGAACUUUGUAUGUCCUUAGCCUCUGCCGGGAACAGAGUGUUCAUAUGCUGUUAGAAUUUUUUAUUGUAAAAUAAAAUGACAAAGGCUUUCAUACCCCAAAA